AUGACCAAACCUGUAUAUGAUCUCGAGCCACUAGUUGUAGCUGAUUCGAUGAUUAUUCAUGCCACUAUUGAUCCUUAUUUUACGCUUAUAAGUGAUAAAAAUGAUGGAGUUAGACCUCUAGUAGUUGAGUUGGAUGACAGUUCGGGCUUGAACUAUUGGAAACAAAUUCCUCAAAUUGGGCGGUUUGCUGUUGAAAAUUCUGUUGAUAUGUUGUUUUUAGUUGGUAAAGAUACUGAAACUAUUGGUUGCCAUCAUGAUGAAUUGAAGCUUUUUAAUGUUGAAAAAUUUGAAUCAAUGUGUUCAAAUGAGGAGAGGGAAUGUAUUGUUGUUAAUGGUUGGAUAGCAGAAUAUUUGGUUUCUUCAUUAUUCAUUCUGGACAGUAUAAGGCAUGGUAGCAAUGAAGUUCAAAGGAACUCGCUUGAUGUUCAGUCUGGUGGAGCUAGUAAGCUUUAUAUUGUUGAGAACCUGCUAACCAGCAAAGUGAGUGAUGAGAAGGACUCAGUUCUUGAAGACAAGGAUGGUCUUGAGGCUACAAACUGCAUGUUUAGUCUGCUUGGAGUUUGUUUGUCGUGCGAAGAUUGGGUUAAAAAGUUGUCUUGUGUUUGUGUUGAUAUGGAGGAGUGGAAAAUUAAAAAUUUGGAAAGACUUUAUGAAGAGCAUAGAAGGUUAUAUGGCUCCACUCAAGUAGCUCAUUCAAUGAUGGAAACCAUUCAUGAAAUUGAUCACAAUCCUAGUACAUCUUCCAUUGAAGAAAAUUUGAGCAAAGUUCAAAAAUAUUUUGAGGAACAAUAUGUUCUUUGGUAUGUUAUAUUACUAGAUCUUAGUGAUGUAAUUUGGAAAAUUGAGAAAAUGUUCAAUGUUCCACCAAGUGUUUUGGAUAGUUUCCCAUCGCAUAAAUUUGAGGAUAAUGAAGAAUGCAUAAGAAAGUUGGAACUUGAGUUGAGUGAAUUAAAUGAUAAUCUCAUGCAUGGUGAUCCUAGUUCUUUCUUUCCUACACUAGUUCCUCAAAGAAUUCACAAGAGAAAGCCAGUGAAUUUUAAUGUCCAAAAAAUUGAGAGGAAACCAACAUGUUCUCUUCCUUCUUUUGACAAUUUUGAUGAGAAAGACUAUUUGAUUUUUAUAGAGAUUGUCAAAAGUGUUGGUUGUUGGUUUGUAGAAGAAACAAUUUUUGAAAUGAAACCGGCUAAUGUGGAAAAAGAUAUAGAGGAUGAAUGGCAUGAAGUAGAUUUUGAAAUGGAUGAGACUACUUGUGCACUUGAGGGCUAUAGCAAUAUAAGUCUUUUCAAAUUUGGCUACAUAAGACCUUUAACCAUUUUUGAGGUCUCAUUUUUGUGGUAUUAG